UCCGAACGCUCGCGCACCGCACGUAUACAGCAGACGCCUUUCUUUUGACCUCUUUCCGUUAACCUAAUUCGAACGUAAACAAAACUUUAAUCAGUGAUUUUGGUGGCCGUUAUGGAUACAUUUUUACUACAAUUAAGAUGACAUGACAACCUACGACGACGUAAAGUGUCAAAGUGUCAACGAAGACACUUGCACAACUUUCGAUUUAUUAAAAUUCAUAUUUUAACAAGUAAAGAAUGAAAUUAACAUGUGUGACCGGCCACGGUAACAACGCCCUUUGUUUUUAAAAAAAAACAUAUAAGUAGACAAAGGUAUUGUUUUCGUGCAGUAAUGAUUUGACGAUGGCGACGCUAAACCGAAAUGAGUGCUCGGCACAGAGCCGAAAUCGAAUAGAAAAUCGAAUGAAAUCGAUAUCCAAAAUCGAUUUGAGAAGAAUAAUCUUAUUCAUAGUGUUAAUAUCGAACAUUCACAUAGUUCAAUCUAGUGAAAUUAACGAAACAAAAAUUGAAGACGAUAUACCUAGGCGAAUGAAAAUAGUUGAAGCCAUAGCUGGUAGGUCGUUCUUUAGUGAUGUGUAUAAAAAUGGAACAUUUAGAACUGGUAACUCUUUAUGGGAUAACUUAUUGAACAAGUGUACGGUGCAUCCGUCAGUGAGCUGUGUACAGAAUAAUGUUUAUUCAUAUUUGGAUGAGAAGCUUGAGUACUCGGGUGAUAUAAACAUUGGUGACGGUGUGUGCUUCAAGAAGAAUAACGUUGAUGUGAGGAAGUACAGCAACGAGGCGAAUAUCAUCUACCUCACUGGAAGCUCGGACAUGGAUAGGUCGCUUGAUGAAGAAAACGAGAUUAACGACGAUGAAGAAUCAGAAACCCCGCUGGAAGAAGUAACAGACGCCCUCUACGACAAAGGAGUGAAGUUUCUCGUUACUCAUGACAUGAAGUUGACCUUGCCCGAGAUCUUCUUCAAUGGAGCCACACUCAGGGUUUCCCCACGAGCCCUCACCAAGACUGGGGCCUUAGUUCAUAUUGAUCUGGAACCAAAGGACGUUGGAGAAGGGAGACUGUUCUUCAAAAAGAUUAAGAAGUACAUUAAAAAAAAACUCAUAAUGGCAGCUUUAGCGAUCAUACUAGUGAUCAAACUGAUCGCUUUGAAGCUAAUAUUUGUACUACCAGUAAUACUAGGAGUGACAACAGCCAAGAAAAUGUUCCUGAAGUUACUUUUAUUCAUUUUCCCAGCACUAAGUCAUAUAUUCAAAUUGUGCUCGUGGUACCAUCAGAAUUAUCACACAACGAAAUUCCACCAUCAUCAUCAUUUGAUAACUCAUCAUCAUAAGAAUCCCCAUGGACCAGAUCUUCAUCACCCCAACAUUGUGGUUCGACCACACGCAGCUGGACCACCGCCUUCGCACGCAGUACACGUAUCGCAUUCGUCACACCCUUCCCACUCCUCCCCAUCGUUUGAACACUACCCUCAAGAUUGGGAGCUAUCCGGUCCUGGACUUGGCAAUGAAUAUUUAGCAUCGGGUAUACAUCGCAACGCGAUAGCGAACUUCAAACCCAACGAAAACGACGUCAAUGACAUUAACUCUUGGGGUCUCGGGAUGCCACCAGGGACAUCAAUGAAUCUUGGUGAAUACGCAAGCAAUGUUAUGCCAAACCUAGCGCAACAACCUGUACCCCAUAAAGUUGCAAUUGGAAACGCCGGCAGACCCGUUGGACCUCCAAAUCCUUAUAAUCGAAACAAGAAAAAUACGCCAAAAGAUCCCAUGCAAGCCGAAAAAGAAGCAUUGAUCCGAGCAGCGGCUCUGGCAGCGCGAGCCCCUCCCUCUGCAGUCAGAGAUGAGUUACUCCGAGUAUCUGCGGCAAAACUAAAUGAAGCCAAUCGUGUCCAGACCGAGACUGAGUUGGUAAAGCAACAGCAGCAGAUAUUGGCUGCUCAGGAUCCGGAAACAAAAGCCUCAGAUAAAUUCUACGGAGCGCUCCUGGACAAGGUUGACAAGAUCCUAGUCUCUAUAGGUGCCUCAGAUCUGGGCUGCAGGGAACGUGCAGUCUGUGCCUUGUACAAGGAUCCGUUCAGGCAUACACCCUAUAGCAAUCUAGUCUCCAAUGAGCUUAGCAAAGAUUCGAGCGAACUCCUGCCAGCAGCUGACAGCAAGUUAGCUAUCCGGUACUACGUGUACGUGAACGCUGCCAGAGAAGGCCAAGAACAAAAAGACUGCGUAUCCCUCUAUCCCAACUGCAAUAUCGACUAUAAUAAAUAGAAACACAUUUACCUUUUAAAAACAAACAAGUUACUU